AUGCGCAUCUUUGAGCAUCGGAAAAGGUCCCUCAUUUAUCAUCUCCGCACUCUCUGGCUAUUCACUCGAAGUGAUCUCAAGACCGUUGUUUUCCCACAGACGGCCUUUGGAUAUUCUGCCGCCUUCCUCAGGGGUACCAAUACCAUCAGCCUGUCUUCACUGUUCACGAAUAUACCUUGGCAUCUUCCUCGAAUCGUUUUCUGGAUAUGGCUGAAUCUUCUCGGUGAGGUUAUUGCAAACCAACGACUUUCCAAUUCCAUCAUCGAAGACUCCAUCAACAAACCAUGGCGGCCGCUACCUAGUAAGAGACUCACUCCAGAUGAAGCUAGGAACUUGCUUCUGUGGAUACUGCCCGUGACGUAUCUCGUCGGGCGGGUAAUUGGGGGCUCUGAAGCGUCCGUGGCCUUGAUGGUCCUUUCGUAUAUGUACAACGACCUCGGUGGUGCGAAUGAAAGCUGGCUAGUACGAAACGUCCUCAACGCUUGUGGCUUGUCGAGCUUUAGUAUCGGAGCUGCGCAGGUCGCUGCAGGUCCGCUAAGCCCUCUCGAAGAUUGCCUGUACAUGUGGGUCACUAUAUUGGCUGUCAUUAUCACAUCAACGGUUCAACUGCAAGAUUUACCUGACGCAGAGGGUGACAGAGCACGAGACCGAAGAACCCUGCAGCUGGUGUACGGAGAGAAAGUUGCGCGCUGGUCAAUUGCUAUGCCAAUGCUAUUUUGGUCGUUGUUUUGUCCGUGCUACUGGGGACUGAGCGUAUUAGGAUUUCUACCUUCUUGCCUUCUAGGUGGCCUGAUUGCUACAAGGGUAAUAUUUUCAAGAAGCAGGGCAGCGGAUGCGCUCACAUGGAAAUUAUGGUGCCUAUGGAUGAUGGUUUUGUAUCUGCUUCCUUUACUCUAUACCGUACGCAAAAUUUGA